AUGCAGAUAUCCAUCCCUGCCACGCGAUCGAUCCGCAAGGGUUCCCUGGGGGAGGAGGAGAGGUCAAUGGAACCUACAGAGGAAGUAGUCCACGAGGGGGCUAGAAAUCCGAUCAUGCCAAUUCCAGAGGAUAUACCCCCCAUGCAACUAGAUUGGAAUCCACCGAUGAACAGAAGUGCAAGCAACAGUGUUGCCAAUAUUUCUCCUGCCUCGAGAAAUCUGGAGGCAGAUCAAGACCCCCUGCGACCGCUAACCGAUCUAUUAAUGGGCAUGAAGUCCGGGAUCGACACAACCACAUCCACCCCGAACACAACUCCUCCUUUGUACUACGGCGAGACAUUGGACAUUACGAGCUUUCAAUUUGACCCCCUAGUACGGCAACCUUCAGAAACCAGAGAUCACUUCGGUACAGAUCAAUCGUCUGAAAUAUUCAUGAGCGAUGUACCGACCUUUACCCUCAGUUGCAGCUUUUCAACAAACACAGCUACUUCAAUACCCAGAAUGACUGGCCCCGAGAUAUCUCCCCCAGCAUCAUCCAGCGGGUGGUUGCAGCCGCACGAGGCCAUUACGAGCCAAGUCCAGUUCGUUACUUCACAGGUCAAAUCUAUUGACUUCGAACAUUUCCAUCAAGCGUGGCCAUUUUUACACAUUCCCACUUUUGCACCCGAAAAGCAGACUAAUCUGUUGACAAGUGCGUUAGCCAACCUAUUGAUGUCGAUGCAAAACGUUAACCAUCACCAUCUGGUUCCGUGCGCAAUUAACCAGGAACUCACACGGGCACUAAUGCCUAAGAUAACGGAACAAGCCGUGACAGCAGACCCAACAACUGACAUACCAUUACCAACUCUACAAGCAUUGGUCAUCACCUUAAUCUAUGCGAUUCUCGGAGAUGCACCUGCAUCUAGUUUGAACUGGGCAGCACAGUGGACCGACAUUGCAAUCUUCACUUUGCGACGGCUCGGUGUCUUGGAUGAUCGCUGGCACCCGGAAGAACACGUACAUUCCGCUGACGAUCGAUGGGUCCAAGCCGAGGAGAUGAAACGGCUGGUAUACGCGAUUUUACGCAUUGAUACCUAUUUAUGCAUUAUUCUCGAUCGCCCCCCUACCAUGCGUUACCAAGAAUUCGGACCACCGCUUCCCGUGUCAGACGAUCUAUGGCGAGCAGAGACCAGGGCGGACAGAACAAACUUGCACUGGUAUGAACCGGCAGGACGGACCAAAAGUGCAUUUUCCACAAUGGUUCGCGACGGACUGGAGUCGCGGGGGUUUAUGACUGGGUAUCUUCGAAUGCCUCAACUGUCCUUGGAGGAUAAUCACUUCAGUCUCUGUGCGUUCUUGUCGGAGCUAUGGGGGGUUUCUAAAGAGGCCCACGAGGAACAUCAUCGACACUACCGCUCACCCGAAUUGAACCGCACAGCAGACCGAGUCAAGCUCUGGAAAGGAUAUCUGCAGGACUGGCGAAUCCACAUUGAACAUACCGACAAGCUGGAAGAAGCCCUCUUUGGAGAAUGUUUAAGCGACUGUAACCAUUUCCUCGGUCUCGACCUUACCCUGUACCACCUUCUCUGCCUCAAGCUCUAUGCCAACCUCCGGUUGCUCGAGCACAAGAAAUGCUGCUCGGGUUGCCAGGAAGCCAACAUCGAAAAUGUUAUCAGUAUCUGGGCCCGAUCUCCCGACGGUCGCGAGGCGGUCUACCACGCCGCUCAAUUGAGGCGUAUCUAUGAGCGUGAGAGCAGACUCUACAAACCAAACGAUCAACGUCUGUGCAACGUACUAGGACCUGCUGGCUUGUUGGCUAGUGCCAUAGUUCUCUGCACCUACAGCGCCAAGGCGCCUGGUGUUAACACGCCUGAGGGCGAUACUGUUACGACAGCGCCGCUUGAUGCAAUCGAGCUGGGUCAGUCGAAUCUGGUGAGCUCGCCUGAAUUCGAGAAUUGGAUUUCUGAGGGUGGCCCCGCGACCGUGGACGGGGUCUCCUUGCAUCCUUUUUCGGUACCCCUCUUCUCGUCAUGGCACCGUGAUCGGUUACAACCAUGUCCUGUCUACUCGUCGCGGUUGGUCACCUUCCUCCUCACAUUAAAGUUUUGA